CAAACAAGUCAAACACCUGAGUUCUCGCUGAUCAGUUGCAGAAAUGUAAGACGUUUUUCGCGAUUUUAUUUUCUCCGGAACUAGUCCUCAGUUUCACCGAGAACUUCUUUCUGUUCAGCCGAGGAAAGCGAUGGAACCGGAAUGCGUUACCCCGAGCAAAGAGAACUGUCCAGUGGUCAACAAGGUUCAUUCGAAACGUGCUCAGUGGUAUAGUCCGUGUAAGAGCUCUCCAAAAAUACCCUUGACGCCGGAGUCUGAUCUGCCGACACUCAAACUAACACACUUUGCAAAGAUUCCGAAGAUAUCUUUUGGAACUGUGGUCGUUGGAAACAGUAAAACAGAGCACUUUGUCGUCUUUAACCCCCAUCCGUUUAUCCAAACACUGGAAAUUGAGAAAUGCCCGACAGAUAAAGGCUUUACCUUGAAAGUUAACGGAAACGAGGAGAACGAUAAUUUUAAGAAUAACUGUGUCACAAUUCCACCUAAGAAUGAACUGUUUCUCUCAAUCACAUGGGAGCCAAAGGAAGCAGGGAACUAUCGCGAAAUUAUUCGAUUUAGGUCGGACAAUUCUCCCCAGCUUCAAGUAAUAGUGUUUGGAAUGGCCACGGCACCAACUAAAAGGAAAUCAACAGCCAAACGAAGCUCAAAGACCCAGACAAACAAGGUAUGAUGACUUUGUUCGAGUGUACUUUGUGUAUCUAUCGGUGAUGAUGUACAAGGCAACAGCAAUCACUACCCGCUCUUCUUAAAAUAAUAAUUCUAAAAGAGUUGUCGUAUAAUUCUGUAGUUAGCCAAACUUGUAACGCUCAGAUAGGUACCCUGAUCUUUUCUUUAAUUUUAUGAAUUAAAUAAGGAGUAAAUUCCCAGUCCUCGUACCUUUUCUCUCUCUAUUAAUUGGCACAUACCCAGUAGGCUUUAAAAUCAACAGUAGUGUUACACAAGAAUGCAUUAUUUUAGCAAUAUUUUGGCAAUUCAAAAUAGAAAUAUUAAAAUAAAAAAGGAAUGUGUGAGUGAGGGUCAGUCCCCUUUUAUGCACCCUGUUCUUAACUUGAAAUUUGUCAAAUUUAUAGAAUUUUAUAAUACAGUCAAACCUCUUUAAUACAGACAGCAAACCAACAGAACCAACAGAGGUGUCCAUAUUAUAGAGGUAGGGAAAGUAUGAUUUUGGCAUUUCUGGGACCAAACGAACUGUCCGUAAUAAAGAGGUGUCUGUAUUAUAGAGCAGGGUGCAAAGAAAAUCAUUUUUACAGCUUGCUAUUCGGGUAAGCUGAAGCUAGCAUUUACUAGCCCAGACAUCAUUUCAACUAACCCCAAAAAAUUUUUGACCAGCAGAAUUGAUUUCACAGUUCUUCUGUUAUUCGAAUUCCUCAAAAAACAUCACUGGCCGGUCGGGCAAGUUAAAAACAGAAUUCACUAGCCCGAUAGCAAAAUCCACUAGCCCCGGGCUAUCGGACACUACGUUCUUUGCACGCUGUAGAGGUGUCCAUAAGGAGAGGUUAGACUGUAAUUAAGUUUUAAUUUUUUCAAAUGAUUAUAAUUGUCUAUCAUUUUAUUGUUCUAUUCUAGAAAAUGCCACGACCUAUUCUUCAGCCUAGUCAAGUGCUCAAUGUUUGCAGCUAUCAAAUUGAUGAAACAACUGGCUUUUCAAAUAGUCCAGCAAACAAGCAAGCUAUAAAGAGUUCAAAUGGAGAAGAUCAGUCUGAAGAGAAUUUGCGGCGCGAUACUUAUUGUGUCAAAAGUGCAAAACUUCAAGCAAGUUCUAAACUCAAGGUUAAAUCAACACCUCCAAGCCAUUCCAGGUCUACAACACCAACAUGCAAGCAAUCUGCUGUGAAAACGAAAAAAGUUGUUGUUUCAAAGAAGAAACUCUCUCCAACGUCAGGUAACUUUUGUUAUUAUACAUUGUACUCACUAUCUGUCUUCUCAUUGGCUGAGAGCCUACAGCUAAUUUUAGAAAUCAGUGCAACCUACAGGUUAGGUAGUUAUCUGCUAGCAGAUAACUGACUAAUCUGUAGGUUGCGUGCACAAUGCAUGAUUUCCAAUAACAAUAUCAAUUCAGGUUCCUUGCGAUGGUGUGUUUGAUGUAAUAUAUCAAACAUGAGAUGCAGUGUUUCAUCACCAGAUGAAACACCGAGAAGAGAGUUGAAAAUACGACGCGCAGCGGAGUAUUUUUGACGAACUUCGAGGUGUUUCAUCUGGUGAUGAUAAAUCAUUUUUGAAGGAGAAAUUAAGGAUGCAAAAAUGAGCAGUUUUUCAUCUGAUAUCCAAACACUCAUUAAACAUUAAUUUCCUUUGAAUUUUCUUUAUGAAUUAUUAAUGAGUUUGAGAAGUUAUUUUCUUCAAAACAAUGUAUAUUAAAACAAUAUUAUUAGAUUCCGUUUUUGUGAUAUCCUAAAUAAUCAAGGUCUCAGUAAGUGUUAUCAGCCUCGGCCUUCGGCUUGGCUGAUAACACUUACCUUGACCUUGAUUAUUCCAGAUAUCACAAAAACCUCAUCCAAUAAUUGUUUAUAAUCAGUCUAAAAAUUCUUACUUAUGAAAUGCAUACCAGUAUAUGAUACAUGAUGUAUACAAAAUAAUAGAGAUGCCAAACAAUAAGAUAUCUGGGUAUGCCAACUUUACUCUUCAGGAGUUUCCUUAAAAGGUAGUCGCCUGUUAUGGGCUCUUAUAUUAUUUUACUAACAUCUGUCAAGAAUUUAUUUAUAUCAAUUAUAUUAUUAACAUUUUAUUGUCACAGCCACUAAUUUCGAUCCAAUGCUCUCAAGUUUGUACAUGAAAAUUUUCACGUUUCAAUUGGGCCUUACAUACAAGUCGAACCACACCAUCACCCAUAUCACAUAUUAUAAAUUUUGUAAACUAUUUUGUAUUAGGAACUCUGAAGAAGAAGCCAAAACCCAAAAUAAAGUUGACAGUUUCAGCUAAAGGUGUCCCUCAAAGAAAGCUACAGCUUGUCAAAACUCCUAGAAGCAAUCUUCCACGUCAUCCAAUGCCAUUUGCUGCUAAAAACAUGUACUAUGAUGAGAGGUGGAUUGAGAAGCAAGAAGAAGGUAAUACUCACUACGUCAUUCCUAGAGGUCUCUCUUACCAUGUUAAUUUGCGCUUGCCUGUGUUCAUGAUCAUUGUAUUAACAAAGAAGUGCUCGAUGUCAGGAGACAAAACUUACAUAGUCCAUCAUGAAAUCUAUAAUAUUGGAGAAAAAUAUUUUUUUUCUACCAUAACGACCAUAACAACUGAUAAAAAAAGCUGACAUUUUUAAAAGUUUUAUGGAGAUCCAAUAAUUCCAAACCCCUUCAGAGAAGUGUUUUUUUUUCUCUUCUUAAAUUGGAAUCAGUUUUAGAAUAAUAACUAAUAUAUUUGUUAAAUAAAUUAAUGACUGUUUCUGCUUUUCUUGUAGGAUUUACUAAGUGGCUCAACUUUGUUUUGACUCCCCCUGAUGUAUCUGAUUCUAGCCUACAAGUUGACAUCCACAAAGGUAAAGAAUAUUUCACAAAACUUUGAACUUACUCUUGGUAAAGACAUCAAAUUCACUGAGCAGAGAACAGUUGCAUUAAGCGAACAGUUUCAUUAAUUCUACUGGGAUGUCACUAAGAUUUCAAGUUGCCAGAUAAAUACCACAAGAAGGUUGGGAAUAAAAUGGCUAGGGAUUUGUUUUGGUUCUAUUUUUCUUCUAUUUUCCUAUGAAAGUAGCCGGGGACCAUGUUCAUAGUAUCCAGGGGAAAUCCCCUGGCCCCCUCCUAAUGACAGCCCUGUUCUACCAAUAACGAUGCAUGUAGUUAACCAUCAACUAGCAUGUACACAUUCUUACUAUUUUAUUGAUAGCCAUUAUAUAAAAAACGUUGAGCAUUAAUUAACCCUAGUAGAGUUAGUGCAAUAAAAGUAAAACAUUGAAAUCAUUUUUUUCCCCAGGAAAUGUUGCACUUGGGGGAUCCAAAUCCCAACCCUUGGCCCCCACAAAAGAGGUCCUCUCUUUUAGGCUCUACACUGCUAGACGUAAGAUGGCUCGCUUGAGAAGAAGUGCCUGUUUGCUGUACCAGUCAGAACCCCUGGGACACAUUAUUAGAAAGAUAGAAGCUGAAGUAGAGAAUGGAGGGCUGGCGAUCAGACCCGAUAAAAAACUUCAUGCUGACUUAGGUUGGUAAAUAUAAUAAUCCCAAAAAUUUGUUCACAUUUUCUGGUUUUGGGGUUAACCUUACCAAACCACUCAAUCACAAUCAGCAAGUCACAAAUUACAUUGUAGUUCAUUUGAUCACCUUACUUAGUGGAGGAGGGUGCCUGAGAUGUCCAGGAGCUUCCACCACCUGCUCACAUGGAAUAAUCAGUGGAAUAAAUUAUAAGGGAAGAAAAAUGAAGGGGUAGCAGGGGUGGGGGGGAUGGCUGGGUGGGAGUUACAGUAAAUGCAAGAUCCAAAGGCUAAAUGAAGCCGAGUGGCUGCCAUGAAUUUUUUUUCUCCUCGUGUACCUGAGUCCGAUUAGUGUUAGGAAUUAAUCAUUUACCUUCUAGUAAUCUAAAAGUAAAGUCAAACUUUUUCUCAAAGACAGACAAUGUCAGGGCUAUAGCUCUAACUAUGCAUCCUAUAGAGAGUGUAGUUCCACUGAAAUUACUGAAACUCAGCAGGCUGUUACGAGACCACCAGUAGGUAUCUGCAGUGUCAAAGAGGUGUAUGCUGUUAAGAGAGAGUUGAGUUGAGAGAGUUGAGCAUAAUACCAUCAACUGACGUGAUACAACUCACUUUGACUCUGAAGAUGACUACCGCACAGGUUGUCGAAACGUCAGUCACUGUCAACAACAACAGUCCUAUUCAGGACUAUGCCCAUCCGGAUGAUCAAACUCAACUUACUUUUGAAAUGACUCCUGGGUUCAAACCUUUCACAGAGAGUUGACUGUUAAUAAAUUUAUAUUGAAGGAAUCAAGCGGCAAGUUGUUGAAAUGCUUCUCUCCUAUAAUCCGUUAUGGCUGAGGAUUGGACUUGAGGUAAGGUGAUCACAGUGACUGUUACCAUGGUUACUUGUAUAAUUCACGCACUUGCUUAAAGUUGUUUGCAAAGUCUUGCUUUCUUUUUUUUACAGACCAUAUACGGUGAAAUCCUCCCGAUCCAGUCAAACAAUGACAAAGGAGGAUUGACACGUUUCCUAACAGAGAGGUUGCUUGGUAACCCGGACAUUGCCAAUGCAUUUGCUCAUCCCCAGGUCCCUGGAUUAUACCGAGAAGGUGAAUUUAAUCGACAGUAUGUUAUUUGAAAAGUAAUUAGAAGUGUCAAAGAAACUGAGUUUAUCAAAAUUCUUCAAGGCUGUCACUAAAUUAAAUUAGUAAUAAUUAGGCCAGAAAACUGAGAAUCGAACUAGGAUGAGAGCCAUUUGAAUGCGCGUUUCAUUUUGACCUGCAACAUGUACGUUGCCUUAAAUCCAUCUCCUCUAAAUCUUUAUCUUAUAUUCGUUGUUAUGCCUUUGUAAUCGUAAAUCUUUUUUUCAUUUAUUUUCCGUGUUGUAUUUCUCCAAUCAGGUUACGUCGAACAACUAGGAAAGUUUACCCUCAAGAAGUUUCUCCUGUUGGUGUUAUUCCUAGAUCGUGCAAAAUUAACCCGGCUUAUUGACCAUGACCCAUGUCUCUUCAACAAGGAAGCGUCUUUCAAGGUCUGUUUAUCUGCAGCAGUACUGUACAACGUUAAUUAUGUAGAAACAGAGAAGCGUUUCUCGAAAGUCCAGUUUCACAGUAGGAGAGGACCCGGGGAACGAGGUUGAGUCUAGGCUGGACUUUAGGCAAACUUUAGGCUGGGCUAUUAUCGGAUUUAUGGUUGCAUUCAAGAUUUUUGUGUUAAUUCUUUUAAAUUCUAUGCAGUUGCUUAGGUUAAUCAUUUUUAUCGGCAUCUUUGAUAAAACUCACUUUGAAAAAUCGCCUUUCUUAUGGCAUCUUACGACACAACGCUGUGAAAAAUAAAUACAACAAUAAAUACCAAAAAACAAGAUCGCAAAAUUUUGGGUUAGUAAAUGGUAUGGUACAACGUUUCACAAAAGUUUGCUGUAUCUUUCUCAGCGGUUUCAGUUACGUUGCAUAUUGGUGCUCGAAGAAAAGACUGUCAGACAGGCUAUUAUUCUACAUACAGCACUUUCACUUAUUCAGUUCCCGUGGGACUUAAGAGAACCCACACCACUGUUCGAAAAGAGUAGGGGACUUAGACUCCGGUGCAUGCCGCGGUGGUGUGGCCAACCUUUCUUGGGCUGGGUGGGUUUUGAAGUGAUUAAAUAAUGAUGAAAUGGGAAAAAUAACAAAGGCGCCUCCCCUAUCAUCCCACCUGAACGCAUUGAACACAGGCUAAAUUAUCAAGGGAGAUGGCCUUUGUAUUGAAGUUUGUACUUACAUAGUUAAUAGAGCCUGAAUAGAACCUGCUUUGACGUUUCAUUUCACAGUCAAAUCGCAGCAUUUUGCUGAGUUUCUCUCGUGAGUACCUCAAAGGAGAAGGCGACCUGACAAAGCAUCUUUACUUUUUGGGUUAUUCUGUCACACAUUCCCAGGUAAGUUUGAAAUUCAUAUUCUCUUUCAAUAAUCUCGAACACGGCGUCGCGUGUUUGGUUAACUCCCGCAUUCCAUCUCAAAUUCUCCUUCCGGAUCAGCGUUUUUCUGACACCCGCCCCCCCCCGUCACUUUUGUUCAUAUAAAAGUGUGCAUAUCCUGAUGAAACACCAUGUUCCGGGUUUGUUGUAACUUCUAUGAAUGAAGUCAAUGAACAAUACUUGGCCAUAAAAUCUAAUUUGGCAUUUCUAAGCAUUUCCACUGAACGUUACUUGUUAAGUGCAACCUUUCAGUAUUUUCUGGGUACUUCUUUCGUUAAACAUUUUGUUCGUUUUUCUCAUUUAGAGAGCUUAACUGCUCCAGCUAAUACGUCACUUUUUGUAUCGGUCACUAGAGUCCCUACCAAACGCGAAUUGCAUUCACGGACUCAACAGUUAUGUUGCGUAUGCUCAUAGUAAAAGCCGUUUUAACAAAGGACUAACCCUCUUCUGCAUAUAUUAACACAAUUUUUGCAGCAUGAAAAUUAGCCUAUUUUAUGGAGCAAGGGAGCGGAACUUUUAGCCGUCCCCACGAUCUGAAUGCCUGAUGGAACAGGCCAAUGAAAAUUUUUGCACGAGUCAGACUGUGAAUGACAGACAUGAUGAAACAAACGUCUUCAAGCAAACCACUUAUUGUACUUCAAGUUGUUCAAAAAGCUGUUUUCGUAAAACUCGACCUUCCUUGAGUCUUCGUAGUUUAAGUUGCAUGUCGUGAAUGUUGCUUAACUGAUUUGAUUUACACAGGCGCGUUGUGGAGCUUUUCACUCAAGACUGGAAGCUUUCAGCAACCCUUCGUGUUCCUGCCAUCUCCAGAUUGCAGGUGAAUGUUCAACAUUAAAAAAAUAGCUGGUAGAAUGAAGUUACAAGAUAAAUGAAAUGGUUUUCAAAUAUUUAUCAACAAUUUCGACGGCUGAAUAAUCUUCCGUUCUUAAUACUAGGCAAACUUGUUCAGUUUUCAGUUUUUUUCUUGUUGUUUCUUACAGAAAAUUCACAACGUCGAUGUUUUCAUGAACGCGUUGAAAACAAGAGGCGUUCUUGGAGGUAAAGUUCUCGACAAGUGAUCCUUGCAUGCAGUUUGCUCUUCUUUAGCUCAGGUAAAUCCUCAACAACAGAUCAUCAACCACAAUCCACCAUUAUUUUUUAGGGAAUUUGAUUGAUGCGCGUCAUGUUGUGGAUGGACACAGGGAAAAGACACUGGCUCUUUUGUGGCAGAUUAUCUUUCAUUUUCAAGUAAGUUGUGGUCCAUGUGAUUCAAGUUUACUACGAUACCAGUCGUUCGUAAAAUGAAAAACCAGUUAGUUUACAAUUACAAAUCAGACAUGCAGUGAAAGUUAGCGUUACUAAUUUUCGUGCUUGUCUGCUGAGGUAAGCAUUGUACUAUACCGCCUCCUUACCUUGUUGAAAAACCGCUUGUACGAACUGCCGAAAAAACUGAUGAAAAGGUAUUGGCCAGUAACCGAGCCGAUGAGGCCAAAAUGCGCAAAGUAAAUUAUCAGUCAGACUAAGGGCGCUUACCAUUUGCCGGCGGAACAUCAGGUUGAUUUCUAAAUGGGGUGCAAGGCAGUGAUGGGUUUUAAUAAAAUUUCAGGAAAAACUAAUUUUUUCGUUUUUAAAAUGACCGGCUCGGCUGGCCAGUCCUGACUUUUGGAAAGCGCUCUAAGAGAGGAUUUUCGCACUAGUGAUGGUUGUAGCUGUUGUUACCCAAACAGAAUAAACUGAAUUGAAUUUGGACAGGCGUAUAUACCACUGGAAACUCGAACUAGAAACGUUCAUUAACAGACUGCUUUCUCCUUGUUUUGUUUUGUUUUUUUCAAAAAAAGGUCAAAGUUCUUUUAAAUGAAAAACUUCUUAAAGAGGAAAUAGCUCACUUAGAAAGUACCAGACUUCUCCGCGAUCGGUUGACUGCUGCAGAGAACUGGGACGGGAAUGAUGAUGAUUUCUUGGGUAAACGUCGUGACUCUGCGUCAGACCUGUAUUUCAAGUUAGACCGGCUUCGCUUGCUCUUCAAGUGGUGUAAGAUGGUUUGCAGGAUUUACGGGUUAAAGGUCAGGAACUAAUUAUCACUAUUUUUAAUGUAAAGCAAGUUAGAUUUUCCAGUAUAAUUCAUUUGCAUCCCGUAAAUGAUCGAAUUAGUGCCCUUCAAAUAAGUGCCCCUCAUCCUUUCCCCCUUAAAAAAAAGCAGCACUGAAUAAACGGUAUAGAAGUAGAAUAAAAGAUUUCAAUAUUAGGGCUUAGAAGACCUUUUAGGAAACAGGACUUUGAUAACUACCAUUUAGACAUUUGUGAUUCUGCUAAUGGAUACCUUCUAGUUUACUGUUACAGAUUGUAUUUACUGGAAAUAAAGACAAACUAAUUUCGUGACCAAAAUCAAUAAGCACCCGAGGCGCUAAUUUGAGCAUUUACGAUACUUCAUCCAUUCAUCGAUGUAUGUAAUAGUCUUUUCCUGCCGGCCACACUGACAGUCUCCGUCAUUUUAGGCGUUUUUUCUUUCGUUUUUUCCUGUCUGAUGCCUAGCAUUCUUAUUUUUUAUCCUGACUCUACGAAAAACAUUAAUAAUUUUUUGUUCAUUUUAGAUCGAGAACUUUACAGUUUCAUUCUCAGACGGCCGGGCGCUAUGCUAUCUUCUCCACCAUUACCACCCCUCACUCCUCCCCCUUGAACUAAUCAAAGAGCAAACUAGUUUGACCUGUAAUCCGGGGGUACAUGACACAAGUGACAGCGAGGGGGAGGAAGACGUGCAAGUGAAGUCAUGGACAGCAACUUUUAGCCCAGGUAAAGCGUGAUCAACGAUAACUCAUUUUUGUUGGCGGACGUUUUAUAUUUACUUUUUUAUUUGUUAUUUUAGGUUCUGGCAAAAACACUCUUUUAGAGGAGCUCAAGGACAACGAACGUGAAAACCUCCGUUUGAUCGCUGAAAAGGUAAAAGUGGUAGUAAACAGUUAACUCAAGCAGUUAAAUCUGUUUUUUUUUUUGGUAAAAAUGGUUUUUCUUCACCCAUUUGUACUUUGCUUGAAUGCAUUUUUUGUAGGCAGAUUUUAUUUUAAGGAAACAAAGAUCUUGUUCUGUAUAAUGUCGUCAAAUCGAACCGGAUUCCUUCCUCAUUAGCAAAGGAAUGACAAGUGCUUUGUUCAAUUCUAGGUCAAAGAACUUGGCGGAGUGCCCCUGAUGACAAAAGCUUCGGAUAUGUCGCACACAAUUCCCGACGAAAAGGUACGAUAGUUAAAGAAACUACUUUUCNCUACGAAAAACAUUAAUAAUUUUUUGUUCAUUUUAGAUCGAGAACUUUACAGUUUCAUUCUCAGACGGCCGGGCGCUAUGCUAUCUUCUCCACCAUUACCACCCCUCACUCCUCCCCCUUGAACUAAUCAAAGAGCAAACUAGUUUGACCUGUAAUCCGGGGGUACAUGACACAAGUGACAGCGAGGGGGAGGAAGACGUGCAAGUGAAGUCAUGGACAGCAACUUUUAGCCCAGGUAAAGCGUGAUCAACGAUAACUCAUUUUUGUUGGCGGACGUUUUAUAUUUACUUUUUUAUUUGUUAUUUUAGGUUCUGGCAAAAACACUCUUUUAGAGGAGCUCAAGGACAACGAACGUGAAAACCUCCGUUUGAUCGCUGAAAAGGUAAAAGUGGUAGUAAACAGUUAACUCAAGCAGUUAAAUCUGUUUUUUUUUUUUGGUAAAAAUGGUUUUUCUUCACCCAUUUGUACUUUGCUUGAAUGCAUUUUUUGUAGGCAGAUUUUAUUUUAAGGAAACAAAGAUCUUGUUCUGUAUAAAGUCGUCAAAUCGAACCGGAUUCCUUCCUCAUUAGUAAAGGAAUGACAAGUGCUUUGUUCAAUUCUAGGUCAAAGAACUUGGCGGAGUGCCCCUGAUGACAAAAGCUUCGGAUAUGUCGCACACAAUUCCCGACGAAAAGGUACGAUAGUUAAAGAAACUACUUUUCUUCUUUUCAAUUUUUUGAUAUCGCCUUUCCCGCUCACAAUGGUUGUUUAUUUGUAGGUCGUGAUCACCUAUGUCGCCUAUCUGUGCUCGCGGCUAUUGGAUCUUAGGGAGGAAACUAAGGCUGCGCGUUGCAUACAGAUGGCUUGGAGACGAUUUCGACUUAACAAGCAAUUGGAACGGAAAAAGGUUUGUGUUUUACCAUUAUCCGCGCAAAUAUCCUAAUUCCUGUUUAUUGAUCGGACCCGACAAGUCGGAGCUCUAAGCGAUACAGGUAGCCAGUGUUAGCUGUGAGGGAAAAAAAAGGUUAUGAAUAAAUUCACUUUAGGUUUUAUUAUUAUUCUUGAUCAGUCCGUUGCUUAAGAAACUCAAAGGAAGGCGAGGCCCAACGUUAUUGGGAGAUUACCGCCUCGCCGUUUCAGACUUAAUCAGCAGCGAGAAAAUAAUCUAUGUCGGGAGACUUCCCUUAAGGUGGUAAGGUCUUAAAUGCUGUAGUUACUGAACUACAGGAAGAGCAAUAGCUUGUACGCACUUGCCCCUUUUCUGUAGCGAGAGAGGUAUAUAUAGACACAGGCUAGGAGACGCACGAUGAAAACCACUUUCUUCUCGCUUUGUAUAAUGAAUUUUCAAGCUUGAUUUUUGUUCCUUUCCUUUCAGAACGUCUCCAAGAUCGUUGUUUCUCUUCAGGUAGGUAAAUGUUAUGAUAAGAUGCCGCUCCAGGAUUUUUCUUUAUCCAUGCAUCACAGACUAAGAGAAGACUCCAGUUUUUCUUAAAGAUAGGGAAGGGAGAAAAAUAAGUAGAGCAUUGUCUCCCUUGUGGCUUAGGUGUAGCGACUACUCCCUUAUGUCUGUUCCCUCGCGCAAUCCGUGUUUGUUAGGACAUGCACUUUCCAUCACUCUCACAACUACUUAAUUCAUUUUUCUUUUUGUCGUUGAAUUCUUCUCUUUCAGGCACGUGCUAGAGCUGCUUUAGCACGCCGUAGAUUUCGAGCCAUGAAAGAAUCCGCUGUCGUUAUUCAGUCUGUUUACCGUAGUUACAUGGUUCGUAAACAGCUUCGCGUUCGCCACCAGGCCGCCCAGUGUAUUCAGACUCACUACCUGGCUUUAAAGAAAGGACGAGAAGUCUUGAGCUGGUACGCAAACCUUCGACAGACGGUUGUGCGACUUCAAACUGUUGUCUUGGGCAAUCAGAGGAAGAUGCGUGUUAAAAGGAAUUUGGCCGCUACAGUGAUACAGGCUGCUUGGAGAGGAUACGCUGUGAGAAGAUGGCUUGACGAACAGUGUGCCGCUUGUGUUAAGAUUCAAGCACUGGUCAGAAGUGUCUUGGAACAGAGAAGGUUUUUACAGGUUAAAAACGCUACUGUGUUGAUCCAAAAGGCCUACAGAGCGACAUUGUUGGGAAGAAAAGAAAGGCAGCGUUUCCUUUAUCUCAGGGCAUGCGCGGUUACACUACAGUCGUGCUACCGAGGCCAGCGUGAUCGGCGACUCGUGAAGCAAAUUCGUGCGGCUGUCAAGAUUCAAAGCCUCGUUCGUGCGUGGCGAAUGCACUCGAAGUUUCUACGUCUCAAACGAGUUACUACCAAAAUACAAGCUUGCACUAGAAGGCAUCAAGCACAGAGGAGGUUUGCCGAGGUGAAAGAAGCUGUGCAAAUUCUACAGGUCUAUUUCAGAGCUUUUCUUCUAGGCCGACGGCAGAAGAUAGAGUACGAUACUCAGAGGGCCGCCUGUGUCAAGAUUCAGUCAUUGGUGAGAUGUCAGAUUGAAAGAAGAGUUUUCUUACGAAAGAGACAAGCGGCGGUCAGAUUGCAGUCUUUUACUAGAAUGUCUCUGGCGCGGAAGAGAUACCAGAGACUUUACACAGCCACAUUGUUGAUCCAAGGAAGGGUUAAGGAAUUGCUUUACGCGAGAGACGCUCAGAGAAACUUUCAACUCAUGAAACUAUCCUCUAUAAAGAUCCAGUCGUGUUAUCGAGGCUACAGAUUUCGUGAGCAGUUUACACUAAUUAAACAGGCCACCAUUAUGGUUCAAUCCCAUGUGCGUUGUUUCUUAAGCAGAAAGAAGUUCUUGGCUUUAAAACGUGCUUCAACUAUCAUCCAAACUCGCUAUCGUGCCCUGCUGCUUGGGCGUCAACAGAGGCAGAAAUAUCAACACACCCAUCAUGCCAUUGUUCGACUACAGGCAAUGGUCAGAGGGAAGCUUGCGCGUGAAAAUCUACUCAAGCAGCAAAGAUCAGCAGAAGUGAUUCAAACGAAGUACCGGCAGUACUCCGCCGGAAAAAGAUAUCGUCAGCUGAAGAGCUCAACCGUGGCGAUGCAGCGGCGUUUCCGCUCCGUCUUGCUGACGCGUAAACACGUUUGGCGUUACCAGCAGAUGCGAACAUCCGCCCAGUUUAUUCAAGCACGCUACAGAGGGCAUCUCGCAAGAAAGUUCUAUAAGAUGCUAAAAGCUACAGUUGUGUUGCAGUCUGCAGUUCGUGGUUGGGGAGUAAGAAAGGAUAUCAAACAGCAGAAUAUGGCUGCAUUAGCGAUCCAGGGAUUCUAUAGAUGUCAUGUGUACCGUAAGAAGUACCUGGCAAUAAGAAAGGCUACUAUUGUUUUGCAGAAUCAGUAUCGUUUGGUUUCUUUGGGACGUAAAACCCGCUGUGACUUCCAGCGAAUUAGGCUUGCGGCGAUAAAAAUCCAGUCAUCAUUUCGUGGCUGCCAAGUAAGGAAGCAAGUUCUACUUCUCACAAGUGCGAGGAAAAUACAGGCAUUUUAUCGAGGUUAUGUCGCUCGAAAAUCCUACAACAUUUCUCGCAAUUCCAUCAUUAUAGCUCAGGGAGUUGUACGUGGUUAUUUGGCGCGGAAACAUUACUCCAGUCUCAGGAAUGCCACUAUCCUUCUCCAGAGACGGUACCGUGCCCGCGUGAUUGGCAUGCAGCAGUACUUACACUAUCACGUGCAACGUGGUGCAUGCAUUCUCUUACAAGCAGCGGUGCGUGGUUACGUGUAUCGUAAACGGUACCAAGAGAUGAGAAACGCUGCAAUAAUCUUUCAACAGAGGUACAGGGCUAUGACUGCGUGCAGAAAUCAGCAUACCCGCUUUCUAGCUGUGAAAACCGCUGCCAUUUGUAUCCAGGCCUGUGUGCGUGGUUGGAUUGACCGAAAACGGGUAACCGAACUACGAGCGGUGCACGCUAUUCAGGCUACGUUCAGGAUGUACAAAGUCAGGAAGGAGUACGUGGCACUCAGAAGAGCUGUGGUGCAAAUACAGGCUCAAACACGCAUGAUCCAACAGCGACGACAAUUCAACAGUCUCAAGAAGGCGGCGCUUGUUGUCCAGCGGAGGUUCAGAGCGACAGUCCUUUGCAAGCAUGACCAGUUGGUGUAUCACUUCAUCCGGGGUGCGGUUAUUACAAUUCAAAUGGUUUUCAGGGGGCACUUGGUGCGAAAGAGACUGCGUAGAAUGAAUGAGGCCGCUGUUAAGAUUCAAGCUUACACUCGUAGGCUCCUGGCGAGGAAGAAAUAUCAAGCUACCAAGAAAGCUACACUCGUUUUACAACUAAGAUGCCGUGCCUGGUUGCUUGGGCGAGCGGUGGCCCGUAACUACAAUGCAUGGAAGUCUGGUGCGCUUGUAAUCCAAGCAAGUUAUCGAAGGUACAAGAAACGCAUGGAAAUGAAACGUAAUCAAGCAGCUACCAAGAUCCAAUGCGCUUUCCGUCGUCAUACUUGUCGCUUUAAAUUUCUGUCCCAGAAAUCCGCUGCGGUCGUCAUCCAGGCAGCUUUUAGGUGUUAUGUUACUCGACGAUUCUAUCUAAAUCUGCGCUGCGCCUCAACAGUUAUUCAGCAACGGUACCGAGCAGUCAAAAAGAUGAAGGAUGUGCGUCAGCAUUAUAUUGCACAGCGGAAAGCUUUUAUAGCGCUCCAGGCCAGAGUUAAGGGUUGGCUUUGUAGACGACAUUAUAACUCGAUCAGGAUAGCGGCCAUCACUAUUCAGACGCGCCAUCGGGCUGGCAUCAAGGCUCGUGAACACAGAAAAGACUUCUUAGAGUUAAAGAAUGCUACUGUCAUUUUGCAGUCUCACUGGAGAAUGGUCUCGGCACGUAGAAACUAUGAAAAACUCAGAAACGCAGUGAUUAAAAUACAGUCAGUGGUACGCAUGAGGAAGGAAGCAGUGUUUUACGGAAAACUCAGGAAUGCCACCUUGACGUUGCAGAAGAGAUGCAGAGCCAAUCAACUUUGCAAACAACAGCUUGAGCGCUACCAAUCCAUGCGUAAAAGCGCUGUUAUAAUACAGUCACAGUUCCGUGGCUUCAAAGCAAGAAAAUGCGUUCAAAAGAUGGUAGCCGAGAAGCAGAGACGUCAACAAGCAGCAUUCAAGAUUCAGCGGUAUUAUCGAGGAUAUCGCCUUAUGAAGGAAACCUACUUUGCCUAUCACGUGACUCGCGGCGCAAUUAUUACCUUGCAGGGGGCAUGCCGCAUGUAUUCAGCACGAAAAUUUGUCCGCAAGCUUCGAGCUGUUAUCACGAUGCAGGCUGUAUGCCGUGGGAAAAUUCAGCGGCAGGAGUUCCUGACGGUAAGAAAAAGGAUUUGCAAAGUUCAAGCCACAGUACGCCGCAAUCAAGCCAGAACAAGACUUGAGAGAACGCGAAAAGCGGUUGUUGCAAUUCAGCAGUGGUACAGAGCUCGAAUAGCCAUGAAGAAAACCUAUAAAGAGUAUCAGGAUCUCAGGGAUGCUACAGUCUUGAUCCAGUCUUAUUUCAGACGUCACAGUCAGCGACAGGCUUAUCUUUAUGAAAAGCAAAUGGUAGUCCUUACACAAUCUCUUUUGCGGAUGCGUCUCGAAAGGAAUCGAUUUCUUCAAAAGCGUUCGGCGGCCAUCGUAAUUCAACGUCACUAUCGCUUGUGGAUCUUUGGGAAGGAGAUUCGCCAUAGAUACCUGAUGAUGCUUUCUGCAAUUAUCACGAUGCAGGUAUUACUAAAAUGCCAUGUCUUUCUCGGGAUAUGUCGUUUCGAGUCUGUUUAAUUGUAGUAAUGCGUACAAAAUUAUGCGUUGAGGUCUCGUAAGCAGAUAUUUUCGUUAACAGUCUCCAGAGUGUAAACGUUCCUAAAAGGGUUACCAUCGUUCCCCUGAGGAAAGACUUCAAAGCCCAAAUUUGUGGGUGUUACAGGCCUUAAUGAUUCGCGUGGACAUAAUCUAAGGGCGUUUACCAUGAAUCAUAACUGACUGGCCAGACCAGUUCAGUCGCAAAGAGAAUAAUAUCACAUUAAUCAGAAAAUGUCUAACUAGUGGUCUUUUAUCAAUGCUGCGUUCUGAUUGGCUGAGCUACUACUAGGCUGUAUGUUAUAGCCCACUAGUAGCGAAAAGGGCGGGCUUUUUGGCGGCAAAAAGGAUUAAAGUCUAGCUAUAACUUGAAGCUAAAAGUUUUUCAUUCUUGAUAUUUUUGACCAACUAGUUGGAUUUUACUAAAACAAUUAUUCCUCUCGCCCUCAUUGCCUCUGAGUCAAUACCCCAUUCGGCCUUCGGCCUCAUGGGCUAUUGACUCGGAACCCAUUGCAAUUGUUAAUUUUUAAAGAAAAUUCUUGUAAAAGCCUUAUUUCAUUUCCAAAAUGACUAGAAAGGUCCAGCUGGCGAUUCCUGACUUUUUGUAAAGUGCCCUUAAACUUAAUUGGUUUUGAGGAGAAAAGGACGUAGGUUGUCAUCAGCUUUUGAGUUAUUCUAACUUUCAAACGUGUUAAGAUCAAAAACGUUGGAUAACUUCAAUACUGAUAUCCAAUCUUAGCUUGUUUCAGGCCGGUCCAUUUUUGCUAGGGAAAAAACGACUUCGUUAUAUGUCAUUAGUCAUUCUUCUUGUCGUUUUCAUAUGAUCGCAUUAUACAAUUAUCUUCGCACGUGUCAUCAUCAUCUCAGUUAUCGAUUUAAUCCAAUGUGCCUUACCCUGGAGCGGAUUGGGUCUCUUACCCCCGCCCCCCUCCCCCAAUCGGCGUCAGGUGAACGGUGCUUUGGUUCAUCUGAAGUUUUUUCUUUUCUUUUUUUUCUCUUGUACUUUACAGAGCUUUUUCCGAGGUUGGAAAACAAGACGUGAAUUAACCAGACUAAAAUCCGCCGUACUCAUCCAAUCCAACAUUCGAGGAUGGAUGGAGAGACGAAAAUAUCACCACACAAGAGAGCUCGUCAUCGGCUUGCAGGCUACAACAAGAGCGUGGCUUUGUCAGAAAAAUUAUCGUCAACUCAAAGACGCUACGGUUCUUCUUCAAAGAAGAGUUCGCGGAAACAACGCUUCUACAAAUGCCAGGCAAGAAUAUCUGGAAACAAAGCGCGCAGCCGUUGCACUUCAAUCCUUUUAUCGCGGAUGGCAGGUUCGCCGUUACGUCGUUAAGCUUAAAGCGGUGAUUCUGAUCCAGUGCUGGUUCCGCGCCACUACUGCAGCAAGAAAGGCUAGGGAAGAAUACAAAGCGUUCAAAGAGGCUUCCCUUGUUUUGCAAGCCGCUUACCGCGGAUACUGUGGGCGGAUGUUCACUCGUCAGCUACGUGCAGCUCGCACUAUCCAGGCUGUGGUCAGAGGAUUCCUCAUCAGAAGAAGGAUUGAAGUAAGAAUUAAAUCUGCGUAGUGUGGGGAUGUGAUUAUAUCUCACUGACUUGUAUUAAGUGCUUCAGUUGAAUUCGGCGGCUUGGAAUCUUUCAUAAACAAAUUAAAAUAAACUGCUUUUUCUGGGCUUUCUUAACCCUAGAUGUCGCGCAGCAGUUGCUUAGCGCCUUUUAAUAUUUGAUCUUUCACAAGGAUUUAUACGUCAGAAAAUAAAAGUUUGCCUUUCAUGGAAACAUGCAUCAAACAUAAGAUGACAUCGGUCCUUCUCGUGGUUGCCACAGAUAAGUGCGAGAAAAUCUGCAUUAAAAAAACAUAAAAACAAAAAAAACAGAGAAAUUGAAAACACGGAUCUGUUUUUCAGCCAAAAAGUCGGGUCACUGUACGUCGUGUUUUGUUGGAAUUUUAUUGAAAAGCACUUUUCUAUACUGAACUGGUCGUAAAAAUAAUACAGGUGCUGUUUCUGAGCCAUGUAUUUGCACUAAUAUCUAAAAAAAAACAUAAAAACAAAAAAAACAGAGAAAUUGAAAACACGGAUCUGUUUUUCAGCCAAAAAGUCGGGUCACUGUACGUCGUGUUUUGUUGGAAUUUUAUUGAAAAGCACUUUUCUAUACUGAACUGGUCGUAGAAAUAAUACAGGUGCUGUUUCUGAGCCAUGUAUUUGCACUAAUAUCUAAAAAAAAAACCAAUGAUUUUUUCCGUCCUAGCAACAAAAAGCAGAGCGUCUGAUUCAUUUGAAACAGUUUGCUUCAGCCGUGUACCAUCAUAUGAGUGCCAUGAAAAUCCAGCGGUGUUACCGCAGAUCACGUGCUAUGGCUUUGGCAAAGGCCCGGAUGGAUUCUGUGCUUCUUAUACAGGUAUAUACAUGAUAUACGUGUCACAUUGUAUGUUUGUUUUUGCUAUUUAAUUAGUGGAUUACACAAAAUUUUCUUAGCAUGAUGAGUUUAUAAACUGAGAGUAUCUUCUCAUUUGCUGGGUUGGUAAAAUUGGGUUCUUUCGUAAUGGUAUGGUCCAAUAAAUCUUUUCUUCUUUGGGCCAAGUUUUUUCCAUUGUCUUUCCAACAAUUGAAUUAGAACUUUUCAGAUGUAUCUUUCCACAACAAAAGUUUGUUAGGGUUAUAAAGGAAAAACUCUGGAUAGAUAUUUCACUGCUUAUUCAGUUGAAAAACUCUCCUGCAUAAACACUCAGCGACCCAACUUGAUUUCAAGGAGAAAGAUCUGCUACAAAGCGAAGUCAAAUCAGGUGAAUCGACGGAGUGGAAAAAAUACAUCACCUAAACGAUAGCCUUUGCAUAUUUUGCAAGCUUCCCAAAACUGAAGUGAAUGAACUCUUCUACUUUCCAAUCAGAAUUUCCCGUUUCCUGUGUAAAUGGUAUACGGUAGCCUCGGUGACUUUCUGUUCUGAGAUUGUGACGUCAUCCGACCUUGAAUUUGAGCUCUCAGCGUUGUUUAAAGGCGCUGACUGCGUCGACCACUGAGCCAACUUGCUUUCUUAGUACUGUAUAACUAUUAUGGGUCGACAUUCUCUCUACAAAUUUUAAACGUUGAUCGUGUUCUAUCCAAACAGUAUUGGUGGCAGGGUGUUAUGGAACGAAAGCGAUUUGUUAAGCUCCGCGCAACUGCUGUCUUCCUCCAAAGAGCAACUCGAAGGAUACUGGAGAUUAAAAAUAGAAAUGCUGCUAAGAUCCAGGCCCUAGUCCGAGGUGCUAUAACCAGGAAACACUUGAAAAAAAUCCAUCAGUCUGCGCUACAAAUUCAGGUCAGUGGGAAACAGGGUUUGGUUAUAAGUCCCGAAACUUUCCUUCUUAUGAUCAUGUGAUCGUAUUUUUGAGAUGUGUUAGUGAUUUAACAUCGCGCAAUAACAAUAGACCGGCUAAGAAGAUUUGAAUUCUCUGGAAAUGUGCAAUACAUUAUUUUGCAGAUCCAAAGAAGCCAACGACCGAAAAAAACGAAAUUGACCGACAGAUAGAAUGAUUGAGUAUGCACUGAAAAGCUUGAUUCGCGAUAAUUCAGUGGAAACUGUUACGUAUUCCCUUGGCAGGUAAAAUAAAAAGUAUAAAAAAAAUCGCCCGUUCCUUCGGUCGAGUGCAGAGUCGAUAAGCACGAAAAUAAAGGGAGUCAUUAACUUAACUGAAAUUGUUGUCUAUCUUCCUCGUCUUUUAUGUUUCUCAUUUUGUAAAUCAUAUUAAGGUUGCACACACAAGUGACGCAGAUAAAAAUGACAAAGUCUUACUGCACUUUUCAAAAACACGUUCUGAAGUUCAAAAGCCGCCUUCACAAUUGCGUUUUUUGCUACCGUCAAUCAUAGUGACGAUCUCAAGCAAUGAACCUUGAAACACAAAAACACACAAAACGGAUUUAAAUCCACAAAUCACAAACCAUGACUUUUUGAACCCGUUGAAGUAAAUUUUGUUUCCUAAGAGGUCCGCUAGGAUGAUUGACGGCAGUGAAGAACGCAAAAGUCAGUUGGCUUUUGUACUUCCAGAUUCGCGUGGUUUUGAAAAGCGCAGUAAAAAUGUCUUUUCGGAUCUCUAGGCCCUCUGGCGUGGUUACCGAGUCAGAGUGGGAGUGUCCUCUCUCAAGGUAAAAAGAGCGCGCAAGCGCAUCAAGUCUGCCAAUGCUGCAGCAACGGAGUCAAUGAAGCUUUGUAACCGCACAAGAUCUGCCCUGGACUUUCUGCUUCAAUGUAAGAAUAUCAGCAGGAUUGUGGGGUCGCUUGUUAAUCUCGGUGAGUGAACUCUAAUAUAGCGCUUUGAUCCUCUACACUCAAACUAAGUCCAAAUGUAGGAUUGCGGUAAGACUAGUAUUCCUGGAAACAUAUAGCCCGCAUUUGGAUACCACAGAAAAACGGCAAGCGCUCGCGUGUCGUGAAGGGAGUCGAAAACUGGACGGUAGCAAGUAAUGUGAAGUGAAUGUUAUUAAUUUUAUUAUACACCUAUCAAUGUAAAUCCCGUGGGGGGAGGGGGGGGGAGUGCGGGCAAGGGGAGGGGAUUUGAUGCCUGGGACUAUCCCCGCUGUCGGGCUUUUGAUCGUGUGAAGCGACCCCGGGGUCGGGACAUUUGACUUUGACCGACAGAAGCCUGGUAUCAAUAUUCAUUUGAAACAGUUUGCUUCAGCCGUGUACCAUCAUAUGAGUGCCAUGAAAAUCCAGCGGUGUUACCGCAGAUCACGUGCUAUGGCUUUGGCAAAGGCCCGGAUGGAUUCUGUGCUUCUUAUACAGGUAUAUACAUGAUAUACGUGUCACAUUGUAUGUUUGUUUUUGCUAUUUAAUUAGUGGAUUACACAAAAUUUUCUUAGCAUGAUGAGUUUAUAAACUGAGAGUAUCUUCUCAUUUGCUGGGUUGGUAAAAUUGGGUUCUUUCGUAAUGGUAUGGUCCAAUAAAUCUUUUCUUCUUUGGGCCAAGUUUUUUCCAUUGUCUUUCCAACAAUUGAAUUAGAACUUUUCAGAUGUAUCUUUCCACAACAAAAGUUUGUUAGGGUUAUAAAGGAAAAACUCUGGAUAGAUAUUUCACUGCUUAUUCAGUUGAAAAACUCUCCUGCAUAAACACUCAGCGACCCAACUUGAUUUCAAGGAGAAAGAUCUGCUACAAAGCGAAGUCAAAUCAGGUGAAUCGACGGAGUGGAAAAAAUACAUCACCUAAACGAUAGCCUUUGCAUAUUUUGCAAGCUUCCCAAAACUGAAGUGAAUGAACUCUUCUACUUUCCAAUCAGAAUUUCCCGUUUCCUGUGUAAAUGGUAUACGGUAGCCUCGGUGACUUUCUGUUCUGAGAUUGUGACGUCAUCCGACCUUGAAUUUGAGCUCUCAGCGUUGUUUAAAGGCGCUGACUGCGUCGACCACUGAGCCAACUUGCUUUCUUAGUACUGUAUAACUAUUAUGGGUCGACAUUCUCUCUACAAAUUUUAAACGUUGAUCGUGUUCUAUCCAAACAGUAUUGGUGGCAGGGUGUUAUGGAACGAAAGCGAUUUGUUAAGCUCCGCGCAACUGCUGUCUUCCUCCAAAGAGCAACUCGAAGGAUACUGGAGAUUAAAAAUAGAAAUGCUGCUAAGAUCCAGGCCCUAGUCCGAGGUGCUAUAACCAGGAAACACUUGAAAAAAAUCCAUCAGUCUGCGCUACAAAUUCAGGUCAGUGGGAAACAGGGUUUGGUUAUAAGUCCCGAAACUUUCCUUCUUAUGAUCAUGUGAUCGUAUUUUUGAGAUGUGUUAGUGAUUUAACAUCGCGCAAUAACAAUAGACCGGCUAAGAAGAUUUGAAUUCUCUGGAAAUGUGCAAUACAUUAUUUUGCAGAUCCAAAGAAGCCAACGACCGAAAAAAACGAAAUUGACCGACAGAUAGAAUGAUUGAGUAUGCACUGAAAAGCUUGAUUCGCGAUAAUUCAGUGGAAACUGUUACGUAUUCCCUUGGCAGGUAAAAUAAAAAGUAUAAAAAAAAUCGCCCGUUCCUUCGGUCGAGUGCAGAGUCGAUAAGCACGAAAAUAAAGGGAGUCAUUAACUUAACUGAAAUUGUUGUCUAUCUUCCUCGUCUUUUAUGUUUCUCAUUUUGUAAAUCAUAUUAAGGUUGCACACACAAGUGACGCAGAUAAAAAUGACAAAGUCUUACUGCACUUUUCAAAAACACGUUCUGAAGUUCAAAAGCCGCCUUCACAAUUGCGUUUUUUGCUACCGUCAAUCAUAGUGACGAUCUCAAGCAAUGAACCUUGAAACACAAAAACACACAAAACGGAUUUAAAUCCACAAAUCACAAACCAUGACUUUUUGAACCCGUUGAAGUAAAUUUUGUUUCCUAAGAGGUCCGCUAGGAUGAUUGACGGCAGUGAAGAACGCAAAAGUCAGUUGGCUUUUGUACUUCCAGAUUCGCGUGGUUUUGAAAAGCGCAGUAAAAAUGUCUUUUCGGAUCUCUAGGCCCUCUGGCGUGGUUACCGAGUCAGAGUGGGAGUGUCCUCUCUCAAGGUAAAAAGAGCGCGCAAGCGCAUCAAGUCUGCCAAUGCUGCAGCAACGGAGUCAAUGAAGCUUUGUAACCGCACAAGAUCUGCCCUGGACUUUCUGCUUCAAUGUAAGAAUAUCAGCAGGAUUGUGGGGUCGCUUGUUAAUCUCGGUGAGUGAACUCUAAUAUAGCGCUUUGAUCCUCUACACUCAAACUAAGUCCAAAUGUAGGAUUGCGGUAAGACUAGUAUUCCUGGAAACAUAUAGCCCGCAUUUGGAUACCACAGAAAAACGGCAAGCGCUCGCGUGUCGUGAAGGGAGUCGAAAACUGGACGGUAGCAAGUAAUGUGAAGUGAAUGUUAUUAAUUUUAUUAUACACCUAUCAAUGUAAAUCCCGUGGGGGGAGGGGGGGGGAGUGCGGGCAAGGGGAGGGGAUUUGAUGCCUGGGACUAUCCCCGCUGUCGGGCUUUUGAUCGUGUGAAGCGACCCCGGGGUCGGGACAUUUGACUUUGACCGACAGAAGCCUGGUAUCAAUUCAGAAGCAGUUACCAAGUCCGUCCCUCGAGGCUUCCUGAAAGUCACGUUGUUGGAGAAAGGUAUGAAGUUUUCAUUUGCUUUAAUCGCUAUAAUCCGAUACUUUAAACUGUCAUCUAAACAGAUAAUGUCUAUUUUAUCUUCAAGUUCCCAUCUGAUUGUAAAACUCGAUUGAAAUCGAAUUCCCCCAUGAAAGUCAGAGGAUUUUUUAUGGGUCACUGAUCCGACCUGUUCCGACAUGUUGAGCAGAUGUUAUAAAGCAUUUUACGUUUUAUUAAUAUUAUAUAGCAUGGUCAAUCUUCCUGGAGUGAUUUUGUUGUUCAAGAUAAGAUAUGCUAGUGGAGAGAGAAAAUACUUAAUUACAGCGAGUAAUUUAAUGGAGCUUCCGUUAACCGUAAAUAAAAGUAGUGACAACGUGUUUGAAAUGUUCUUUUAUUCGUUUUAUAUAGUAUUAUAGCAUUGUUUGUUCAGAUUUUUCCCUUGGGGUGGGGGCUUUUUUGACACUUUGAUUGACCUUUCGUCUCCCACCCUGGGGAAUUUGAUCGAAAAAUUUUAAAAUUUGUCAAAUCCCCACCCCUUGCCCGCACUCCCCCCCCCCCCCCCGGGGUUUCAAUUGAUAGGUGCAUUACUUCUAAUAAUAAUAGUCCUUUUAAUCCGAAUUUGAUGCUACAUCGGGAAACGAACAAAAACUAGAUGAGCAGUCUUCAUUAAAGAAAAAGUUACACCACUGGUAAAUGUUGUUUCACAGUGAGAGAAACUGGGGAACUUCUCUUCAUGUGAAACUACAAAAAUAAGGAAUACGAAUAAUGCUCGUUUAAUUAUUCUGUCGUUUCUAAGAGAACUGUAAGGUCUCAAGUUGAAUUGUUCUGUUCAAUGAAUGCAUCGCUAAAGUGAACUUUAUUUUUUCGCCCUCAGAGGUCGUUACUCGUCUAUCUGAGGUUUGCUGUCAACAGGUUGUUGAUGAUGGAGCGCUCCCUGUUAUUUUUAAAGUUCUCAAGAAAUGUAAUCGUAGUCUGCCACACUUGGAAGUCAUCAAGUAUUCGGUGUUAAUACUCUACAAUGUUGUAAAGGUAGGAAAAGUUGUCUUUGUCAUGUUGAGUUAUUUCCUCUCUUCACACUGCACAAUACUGGAAUAAAAAAAUGUCUUCAAACCAGCGCCCAUUUGUUAUAGAGGUUCUUGCUUGUCGCGGAUAUUUUACUUUGACGUGGAUUAGCUCUUUUCCCACUCGUUGACAUAGUUGAAAUGGUAAAGAAAAAAUUUUUCCACCUACUUAUGUUUUAAAUGGUGGGGAUCACACCAAUGAUUCGAGAGAGACCAUGACUACCGCUUUAAUUUCUUCCCGGGUGCCGAGAUUGGUCAAGGCAAACAAAAAAGGAGUGCCACAAUGCGCCAGAAUUGUAUUGUCAAUAGAAAGUUAAAAGGGCAAAAGGUUGGAUCUUGAUAAGUAAGGUCGUUAGUUCGGGGUGGAAAUUGACUCACCUUAAUUAUUUUUUUAUGAAUUAAUAUAUUUGUUUAUCAUUUCCUUAGUAUUCAUCCCUGUACCGUGCAGUUUAUGAGGAACAACAUUCUAUUGACACUUUGGUUCAUUUGCUGGUGAAUCUCAGGGACAAGAGUUUUAUUUUCUCUAAAACCUGCUGCCUUCUCGUCGUGCUUUGCAGCGACUCGUCCAUUGUCCAGGACAUUCGCAACAUGCAGAAAAUAACUGAAGAUAUCAAAGGUGUCCACAGCAUAACUGAACGAAACCACAAACUUGAAACAAAGCGGAACGUGAUGAAAUCCAAAGUAGACAAGACCAUGAACCAGUUACCCCCACCAACUCCUUGUAAACACACUCCGUUCAAAGGGAAGAAAUCCCAUAAGGUCAAAUGGCAGAAUCGACUAGACCUAGUCCUAGAUCCUUUGGAAGCUGUGAGACUACUCGUGCGGAAACUGGAUCUAGUUAAGACUGAUGAAUGA